AUGCUCUUAAAGAUAUUCACCUCAAUCGGUUUUAUUUUGCUUACUUUAAUUAAUCAUGCAAUUGCUGGUGAUCCUUAUGCUCUUCCAAACACGACUUAUACAACUACUCCUAGUUAUUUCGACAACAUACAAGUUAAAUUUUACGUUUUUUAUAUAUAUAACGCGACACCCGCACCAGCAAUAUCUCGUGUAAAUCCUAUUUAUGUAUUUCUUAAAGAUACUAAUGAUAAUAUGGCUAACACUCUACAACCAAACAUUAUCGAUUUAAUUCCUGGUGAUGAUGGAUAUUCUGAUCUUAAAAGAGUAAACGUUGUAACCGGUUUAACAAAUAGUUCCGGUACAAUUACGUCAUAUGAUAGUCUAAAAAAUCUUAGUAACAACGUAAAAAUUACAGAAACUGAUAUCUAUGUCAACAUUCCAGUUGUUGGACUUUCUGCAAAAUUGGAGAAUCCUGCUGACGGUCCAGAAAUGUUUGGUUACUAUAAAGGUGUUCAAUUUCAUUGUUUUAAUUUCGGUAUUAACCCAGCUGGUAACGCUACCGCACCUAUAUACCACGUGUAUUCAAGUAAUGGUACUUUAUUAGCAACUCUUCCUAGUACAAUUCCAGGAUUAAGCAAUUAUACUGGAAUUUGGACCAUUUAUGAUAGUACCUCUAAUGUUACUUUUCCAAUAACUUCAUUUAAUCAAGUCUCAAAUCUUGAAAAUACUUAUGAUGGUACGGUUGUAAAUUGUCCAAUUUCCUUAACUUCUAUAACUUCAACUUCUGGACCUAUUAAAAAGAGAUCACGAAAAUGA